UUUUAAGGAAUAAAAUAUAAAAAGAAAAAUUCCAAAAAAAUAUUGAAAAAUUUUCAUUUCUAAAACUCCAAAAUCAUUUGUGCUCAUGAAGCAAAGGACUUUUUCUGCAAAGAUGCUCAAACCUUUUAUCACCCGCAAUCUGAGAGGAUGUGUUGUGAAGCCUACCAAUGUUCGUUGCUAUUCCCAGGGCAUUGGUGGGAAUUGUACCAAACCCAAGGGCUGCAACAUGCAUUUUAACAACCAGCGAAGCAAAGAGCAUCAAUUAAAAGAACCAAAAUCCCCUACUAAGGAGGCAGCUAAACCCCAAUUUACCUGCUGUGAUUAUGAUCGCUUAAAACGAGAUCCUUGCUUUCAAAAACGUGAAUUAUGUGAGAAAAAGGAUUUAAAAUUGGAUCGCCAUGUAUUACCAUUGAAGUCAGUAUGGGAAUAUCCUGCCGAAUGUUGUGGUAAUCCUUGUCCCGAAAUGCUGCCACGUUUUGAUACUUUGUAUUAUUGUGCCACCGAUAAAAAGAAACGUGAAUAUCAACAGACCUGGGUGGAAUGUCCUCCAGUGGCAAUACGUAAACGUAAAAUGUGUCAAGUUGAUCCUGAUGAGUUGCCUCCCCUUUGCAAGAGAUCCAAGACUGAAGCUAAUCGUACGGCCUGUCCUCUGGAUGGUGACAAACUCAAGGCCUUGUGUUGCAUGGAUCAAAUGAAGAAAUGUCCACGUUUUAAAAUGCCCCAUUGUCGCUCUGCCAGGUCACCACCUUCAUGUAAAAAUCCUCGUGCUCCUGGUGAUUGUCAAAAACGCUGUUGCCCCUAUCCAGCAUUUUCGGAAUGUUGUCGUCCUUGUGCCAAAACGAAGCCCACGGAAUGCAACUGUUUGGAGAAACGCAUGAAAUGUGAAAUGUAUGGCCAGUUGAGGAGAAAGUUGAUGUACGAUUUACCUCCACCACUGCCCGCAUGGCCGCCACGACAAUAGGUGGGAAUUUGUAUUGUAAUUGGUUUUUAAUCUUCAUAUUGGGUGUUUUUAAACUGAUUUGAGCUUAUUGUAUGAAAAGUCUUUCGAGGAGAGAAGUCCUGAUUCACACUAAGGAAAUAAGGCUUGGUAUGAAUCAGGACAAACUUAUCAAUCAAAAAGUUUACUGCUUAAAAUUAGAGGUAUAAUAAAAA